CCCGCGUCCCACCAUGCCGGCGGGGAUGAAACCGCUGGAGAAGUUCCUGAAGAAGCAGACCACGGCUCUGACCCGGGCUGGCGGCUUUGUAGGCGGGGUGACGGACAAGGCCAGUGGGGGGACAGGGGCGUCCCGGCGGAGGGCCAGCUUGUCCCGGGUCGUACCGUUCUUCAGAGAGACGUCGCCUGAGAGUGGCCAGGCCCGGGAGGUGUUCAGCCCUGACAGCGAGGACCCCCCCUCGUGGCCCUCAGCCACAGGGACCGGUCUGGUUUCUGUGCCCAGCAGCGCCAACGGUUCCUGCUCGGGCUCUGGUUCUGGCUCUGCCGGAGGAGACGUGCGAAGCCCCUCUCUGUCCAGCGACGAGCAGAGCUCUGAGGCCAGCCUGAUCACAGAGAGCAGCAGCAGUGGGGGCGGAGGGGGAGGGACGCCUCUUCCUCCCGACACACCAGACAACCUGACGCUCUCCGUGCUGGACAGCGUGGCGGGAAAGCGUCACGCACACUGCAGAGAAACUCUGCUGGAUGACUUCAUGUUGACACAUCCCAUCUUCCUGACGUCCGACAGGUUCCAGCAAGUUCUGCUGCAGCAGUAUCCUUCUUACACACACACACACUCACACACACGACAUGCAUAA